AUGUCCCAUCCUUCCUUAUUUACUUACUCUCUCCUUCCUUCCUUCCUUCCUUCCUUCCUUCCUUCCUUCCUUCCUUCCUUCCCUCUUUCCUUCCUUUGUUCCUUCUUCCUUCCUUCUUCCUUUCAUCCCAUCCUUCCUUAUUUCCUUCCUUCCUUCCUUAUUUCCUUCCUUCCUUCCUUCCUUCCUUCCUUCCUUACUGCCUCCUUCCUUCCCUCUUUCCUUCCUUUGUUCCUUCUUCCUUCCUUCUUCCUUUCAUCCCAUCCUUCCUUAUUUACUUACUUCCUCCUUUCUCCUUCCUUCCUCCUUCUUUCCUUCCUUCCUUCCGUCUUUCAUUCCUUACUGCCAUCCUUCCUUCACUCUUUCCUUCCUUCUUUCCUUCUUCCUUCAUUUGCUAUUCUUUCUUUCAAUAUUUCUUUCAUUGAGUUUUUCUUCUUCAUUUCCCUCUCACCCUCAUCCUUAUUGUUUUCUUUAUCUUCUUUUUUUCUUUCACAUUCUAUCUCCUCUCCCUCCUUCUCAAAUUCAUUAAAUAUUCAUUUUCCUCUUCUCUCUUACUGCAACCUUCAACAUCUCUUUCUAUCUCGCUCUUCCUUCCUUUCUACCCGUUUUUCUUCCAUUUUUUUCUCCUUGCUUUCUUUCUUUUCUCUUUCUUUCUUACCAUUUGUUUACUUGUUCUCUAUUUACUUCUUUCCUUCUUCUCAAACUCUUUUAAUAUUUAAUUUACUUUUCUUCUUCCCUCAAAUCCACCUUCUUUUCCUCAUCCUCCCUUCCUUCCUGCCUUAUUUUCCGUCCUGCCUUCCUUCCUUCUCCCUCCAUUCCUUCCCUCUUCCUUCCUUCUUUCCUUCUCCCUCCCUUCCUUCCCACUUCCUUCCUUCCUUCCUUGUUUUUCUUUUCUGUCCCUCUUUCAUUCAUCUAUCUCCUUUGCUUCAUGCCUUCCAUUUUUCUUUUGCAGUCUUUCAUUGUUUUUCUUUCAUUCCACUCCUUCCUUCCCCUCUUCCUUCCUUCCUUCCUUUCCAUUCACCCUUCCUUUUCCACUUUCAUGCCUUCACUCUCUUCCCUAAUUUCCCUCCCAGCCUUCCUUCCUUCCUUCCUUCCUUCCUUCCUUCCUUCCUUCCUUCCUUCUCCCUCCCGUCCUUCCCUCUUCUUUCCUGCCUCCUUUCCUUUCUUCCUUCCUUGUUUUUCUUUUCUGUCCCUCAUUUUUUCCUUGUUUUCUUUCUCUUCUUUCCUUCUCAAACUCUUUUAAUAUUUAAUUUCUUCCUCUUUUCUUUCACCUCCACAUUCUUUAAUACACUCUUUCUCUUUUCCUUCGUUCCAACCUUUCUUUACUUUCUUUCCUUCCCUUUUUUCCUUUGA